AUGUUUAAAAUUGCAAUACCAAAAUUAUGGUCUAAUCCAUUAUUUAAAACAAAACGAAGAGAUUUACUAAUUAGGACUUACCUUUCAUGCUUAAAUGAAGAGGAAAAGGCGAACUUAAUUCCUUUUGACAUUAAUAUAUCCGAUAUUAACCAACGCCCACUCCUUCAAUAUGAGGAGUACAUGGAAUCAUGCAAUAACUAUCUUCUUGAAGUAGGAGCCCGCGAUUGGCUAAGGCUAACGACAGCUCGUAAUGUCGACCAGAAAGAUUUAAGAAUUAAACAAAUCUCACGUGUACUUUGGACAAUGUUUUUAUCAAGAAGUCAUAAUCUUAAAUCUUUCUUUUAUAAUGUCUCUAAGAAAUCAUCUGUUGAAUCUAUUUUUCCAGAGGCAUCAAUGAUAUUAAAUGCUAGGCAUAGUUUGUCAAACCUUCAAUUUCUUUUUUUGCUUACAGACGACAAAUUAAAUGGUUUCAGAGAGAUCAGGGGCCCGUUAAAUUUCCUAAAAAGUAUACCUUCAGUCUGCUCAAAUAUCCGAGAUAUAAGAAUUUACGAUUUGGGUUCGGGAGUGGAUAAUGAAUUAUUCUGCGACAUCAUCAAGUCCCAGCGUAGUAUCAGGUCAUUUGGUUAUAUGGGAAAUAUAAAUAGAGUCAUCACAUCAUUGAAAGCCCAUAGGAAUUCAUUGACUAAAUUAUUAUAUUUUUUCAGUCCGGCUGUUAGUUCAUUGGAGGCGCUCACUUGUUUCGAAUGUUUGGAAUCAUUAAAUAUUAGUAAUUGCACUUUUACCGUAAAUGGGAAUCGGAUUUUGUCCUCAAAUUUUCGUAAUAUUAAAGAAUU